AGUCGGCAGAGAGCACCGGAACUGGACGGAACAGUGCACCGGAAGUUCUUUCAUUUUAGCUGAAGAAGGAAAAGUGUCCUGCUUGUUUUCCCGUGAUGUCUGUGCGAGCAGCAGAGGCGGAGAACCGACUCUUCUUUGUGGAAUGAAAGCAGCCGGGCCGCUCGCUCACAGACAGGAAACCACGCGUGUUCAACAUCCGCCGCCUUGUAGUCGAACCCGAACAGUUAACGGAACCGAGCCGUGUGCCCCGAGACCAGCUGCUGUGCUAACACUAGCUCCGUGUUAGCUGGCUGCCGAGCGGCGGGACCCGUCGGACCCGUCCAGAACCCUCCGAACAGAAGCUCAUCAGUUGGAGCAGACGAAGUCGCAGGGAUCCGAGCGUCCCUCAUCACCAUUGGGCCCUGAGAUGACCUCACAGCAGCCACAGUUCCCCAAUGCAGUUAUUCCUCCCCACCUUGCCCAGAACUCCUCUGCUCAGCACGCCCGGGCUCACAUUCAGGCCAAUCAGCUGGACUCAAGUCAGAGUGCGACCGCUGGGCCUCUGGACCAUAGAUCACUGACGGGCAGGCCGGGCUGUUCCGGAGUGGCAGCGACCAGCGGAGAGGUGGCUAAUAGGAACGUAACCUCGUGCACCGACUCCAACUUGUCCAGAAGAGAUGGGGGUUUUGAGCCGUGGCCCGAGGAAGCAGUGGACAACUCCCACGGGCUGUACUCACUCCACCGCAUGUUUGACAUAGUCGGAGCCCAGCUAACACAUCGGGAUGUCAGGGUGCUGUCAUUCCUUUUUGUUGAUGUGAUUGAUGAGUAUGAGCGCGGUGGCAUCAGGAGUGGAAGGGAUUUCCUGCUUGCCCUAGAGCGCCAGGGUCGCUGUGAUGAGACCAACUUCCGACAUGUUCUCCAGCUUCUAAGGAUUAUCACCCGCCACGACCUACUGCCUUAUGUCACACUCAGGAAACGGCAAGCUGUGUGCCCGGACCCGGUCGACAAGUACCUGGAAGAGACAUCUGUGCGCUACAUUUCACCCAGAGGAGCAGUGCAGAGCAAGGACACUGCAUCUCACAGAAGAACAGGUCCUCAGCCCGUCAUUUGCUGUUCCCCAUCAGGACCCCAUGUUGGCCCUCCCAGAAUAAAGCCAGCUCCUCCUGCACCUAACCGCAAACGGAGGAGAAGUCAUUCCUCAGCUGACUGCAGAGAGAAGCAAACAUGUGAUAUCCGCCUCCGGGUUCGUGCUGAAUACUGCCAGCAUGAGUCUGCGCUUCAGGGCAACGUCUUCUCCAACAAGCAAGAAGCGGUGGAGCGACAGUUUGAGCGCUUCAACCAGGCAAACACUAUUCUCAAAUCCCGAGACUUGGGUUCCAUCAUCUGUGACAUCAAGUUCUCUGAGCUCACCUACUUGGAUGCCUUCUGGAGGGACUACAUCAAUGGAUCAUUGCUAGAGGCUCUUAAAGGGGUCUUUAUCACAGAUUCAUUAAAACAGGCUGUGGGCCACGAGGCUAUAAAACUGUUGGUCAAUGUUGACGAGGAGGACUACCAGGCCGGUCGACGCAAACUACUCCGUAAUUUGGUCACGAGUGGAGGGAGUCCACCAGGAGCUUGUAAAGACUCUGUACCUUAGACACACUCUCCAGGUGGUUGCAUACGGGAGGACCGCUGCUGUGCCUCCCUCCACAGGGAAUAGAGUGAAAAGUGGUCGUGAUGUUUGAGGUGCCCGAAGUGUGCCUGAAAGAAAAUGAAGAACUUCUAGCCACAGCAUCGAUUCCUUGAGAGCUAAGGUCAUACGAUAUCUACUUGGCACCCCUUAGCGUAGCAUGCGAGGUGAUUGGGAACUAUGUUAGCAAAAGAAGUAGGCGAUGCGUACAGGUCGACAUUAUUUUGAAUGUCGAGCUGUUCAUUUUCUUCAAGGAGGAGAAUGCUGAUUCAUGUAUGCGAAUGGAUUGAAUAAUUUCUUGUUUCUGGUAUGUUAGUUCGUUGAGACACAUUUGUUAACUCUAAUGAUACUCUUCACCCCUGUUCAAAAGUGUAGUCCUUUUCAAUACAGGAAACGUGCUUAACGCUGAUGAGUUACUCCCAGUGGGAGUUGUACCUUUUAUUGUCAAACUGGUUCAUCUUUUUUUUUUGUCCAGCUUUUUCAGGUACAUUUUACAGAUUGAUUGGAUUAACACAAUGAGAGUGUUCUGUAUGUUCUUGACAGUCACCGGCUGUAGUUCGACUUACAAUUUGUUUCUGUUUCUUUUAGCUUCUUAUCCUGUGUUUCCAAGACUUUGCAGAGUUUCCGUGUCUGUAAAAAAAUGAACCUUUCAGAGCAGUUUUUAUUGGCUCACUGUCAAAAACAUUAUGUCACGGCUUUGUUUUAACUCAUUUUUUUCUUUUUAAGACAUGGCUCAUUAACAGCAGCUGUGAUUGUGGCCUCAUUUGAACUUGUCCAGUCCCCUGCCAAUAUUCCAGACUCAUUGGAUCAUUUUGUGGCGAGCGUUAUCCAAUGAAACGUCGAGUCAUUCACUGGUGUUUGUGUGGAUUUACAAACCCAACUCCAGCUUCAUUGUCAGCCUGUACCUCUGGCCACGCCACUCACCCCCUCACUCAUGUUCACUCACGAUAGAUCACUGAACUUUUUUCUUUUCGUAUUUGAAAUAAGAAUGUCAGAUCAGCAGCAGGUGAAAUUUGCAGCCAGUAUGUGGAGACUCGCCUCAGCUGCACAGGUAGUAAGAUGCCACGAGAAACUGAAAUCAUUCACAGGGCUUGUUUUACAUGUUAAACCUUCAGCAGUCUUUUCCCUGUCAUGCCUCCUCUCGUGGAUGAGGAUGUAGCUGAGUGUCUUCAGUUACAUCCUCCUCCAUCAGGAGGUGUAGCAUCUUCACAGGCAGUCACAAACCAAAUCUAUUUCUAUUCCUGUAGGUUCUUUAAACUGACAAAAUAGCACUGUGCACACCAACACAAUAAGAUAUAAGAUAUAUAGCAUGUUCAUCAUCUUAUAUAAUGAUACGCUUCUACUGGCAGAAUACCUGCCAUGCCCUGGAAUGUAUCCAUGUAUUAACAGGAGACAUUUCAUGGGUUCUUGUGACAAACACAUGUGACAGUAUUAAAGAGCUUUAAUUUUAUGCAGUCUAAAACAAUUCAUUUCAUUAUACAUGCCUUUCUGUCUGUGAGAAGGCCCCCUGAGCAGCACACACUGCAGCACGAUGUUGGAGAAUCGAGUCUGCUUCAUGUUGAUGUGAUGGCUUCAUCCGCAGAUCUCCCAUCACACCUCAGAUUACAGGAGCUACAAACUGGAUUGUCUUCUUCUCCAGGCUGGUACAGCUUUUCAUUUCACUUUUAGAAACUGUGCCGCACAUUAAAAGUUCAUGACGUACACCGCCGACAGUCUGCUGCUGUGUCCCACCCAGUCAUUUCUGUGGUGUGUCCCAGCUAAUUGGUCAUGUGUUAUCGCAUGUUGAUAAUACAUGAGGCCAGUGAGAGCGCUGCCCGACUGACAGUCCAGCUUAGUCAAUCACCAAUUUCACCCAUUUAGUACGUUUAUCCAUCUUUUUUUGUCUUUCAUCGUCUUUCAUCAGUGAUAUUCAGAGCAUUUGGCAGACUGUUGAAUUGGAUUGAGGGCGGAAUGAAAAUGGUAAACGUGUUCUGUUUCGUUCUUUCUCUGAUACGUAGGAUUAGGAGCACAGACUACUAUUGCUGGGCUACCAUGCUUCCAUGUUGGCUGUAGGCUGUAGUCUCUGUGCUGUUCAAUGCAACUUUUAACAAAGUAUGUGAGUCAGCCAAACUCAUCAUUUCUACAAUAUCUGCAGCUCAUAUGUUGUGGUUGUAGAAAAGAAAUGUGGUUACAUUUGAAUAAAUAAGAAAAUGUCAAGUGCAGGUCUGUGACAGGAUGUCAUUUCCAGUCAGACACAUCCACCCAUUCUUAACCCCAACCUCCACACCUUUUCUCAGGCUGCAUAAGUUACUCCUGCAUUGGCACUGAGCGUUGGCAUUCGACGUAAAUCGCGAGGUACGUAACUUCUGGGGACACUGGACUGGAGUCCACACUGAUGUCAAGGGGGCGCCAUAAGUCAUAAAAUUGAAAUGGAAUUACUGGUGUACGAGGACUGGUUCUGACUCAAUGCAAACUCUAAGUAUGUUUGUUUGGAAAUGUUUAAUAUCUGAUAAUAUCAGAGACAAAGUAUAAGAAUUACGCUCUUUUGUGAUGAGAUUAUUUCCAUGUUGUAACAGAUCACAGACUGAAUGUCAUUUUAGUCUCUAAUGCUAACAUGACAUUUUCCUGUCAUAUUUCUGUUACUCAGUGCAUAUAGCCAAAUCAGUGUACGCUAUUAAAAGUUCAGUGUCUGUUUUUACCAAAUAUAUUCUUCCUGCUAAAAAGCCUGAGAUCUCAGCUCUGCUAAAACACCACCCAUGGGUACAUAUCAGAACACUCGUCAUGAUUGAAGGCCACAAUUACUGUGAAUUAUAUGGAGCAGGCCUACAUUUUCUAUUUUUACCCCAGUGGAAUUUCAUGUAAAGGUUGCAAGUUAGUAUCUAUUAUAUAGGUUGGUGUAUGUUCUGUUGAUUGUGUGUUCUGUUAGUUGUUAAAUGCAGCUGUCUCUUAAGCAAAAUUGCAUGUAACCUGUUAUGAUCUCCAGAAAUGUCAUAGAAACUCACAGUGCUAACAUUUUGUAAAUAACUUUAUUGGAUGUCAGGUUUUCUUACUUCAAUUUUGCAUUUCUUUCAGACAAACAGACGAGUAGGACUGUUAAUAAAUGAAGCGGAUGGGUUUUGUUGAAGUCCCAGUCCUAAUUAUUAUUAUUUUUUAUGUCACAUGACACUUAUGAAGACUAAUCUCGUGGUGGAAAAUAUAGACAUAUUUAAACAAAUAGAUCUGAUGCUUAUUAUGGACUAGACCAACAUGUUAGAAAUUUGGCCCAAAGCUUUUACUGCUUUGACACACACACACCCUGUGUAUGAUAUGAAUGUUUGAAUCCAUGUUCAAACUGUAUAUGCUAAUUUACAUUAGGCUGGUCCUGGGCGCGUGCCAU